GGAAAUGACUUCGUCGCAGUUGAUUGCCUUGGUUUUCUUCAUUGCAUUAGCAGCUGUCAAUGCCUAUAAAAAGCCUCACUGUUCAAACGGUAAAAUGACGGACAAAAUACGUGACUUGUUCCUGAGCUUUCACAAUAACGCUCGUCGAAGAGUGGCUCAAGGUAAAGAGCCGAAUAAGGUCGGAAAGUUGCAUCCAGCAAAAAAUAUGUACGAGCUGGAAUGGGAUUGCAAAAUGGAGCAACAAGCACAAAAAGCCAUUUCUUCUUGCUCUGACGAAAUCAAAAAUUGGGCCAAUAUGGCACAGAACGUCAUGACGUGGACAAGCACCGGCGGAUUUGAUGAUCCAAUCAAAGAAAUCAAAUCAACAUUGGAUAUUUGGUGGAGUAAAGCGAAACGGCAUGGUGUCAAUGAUGCAGGAAACAGAUACACAAGCACUAGCUUAUAUAGCUUUGCCAAUAUGGUUCACUCUGAAACGACAAAAAUCGGUUGCACUUACAAUAUCUGCAAAAACAAAAUGGUCAUCACUUGCCUCUAUAACGAAAUUGGUUAUUCUACAAAUGAAAUAAUGUGGGAAACAGGAAGAGCUUGCAAAACUGGUGCAGAUUGCACCACUUACCCCAACUCUGGCUGCUCUGCUGGGCUCUGCACAAAAGGAGCCAAUGUAAAAGAAACCAACCAUAUGUGUCCCAAAAACAAAGGAAUGACUGACCGUGCAAGACAAAAAUUCUUAUCUCUUCAUAACCAAUUCAGGUCAAGAGCUGCUCGUGGCUUAGAACCAGAUCCACUGGGGGGAAAGACUCCUAAAGCUUCCAAGAUGCUUAAAAUGGUCUACGACUGCGCAGUCGAAGCGAGUGCCAUGAGGCAUGCCAACAAAUGCGUUUACCAGCACUCUCAGCCAUCUCAAAGAAAAGGGCUUGGAGAAAAUCUUUUCAAAACCACCGUGCUUGACUUGAAUAAAGUCAAGGCAGCUACGCAGUCCUCUGAGGGGUGGUGGAAUGAGCUGAAAGAUUAUGGCAUUGGCCGCUCCAAUAAACUAACACAAGCGCUUUGGAACAGGCCUAAUAAGCCAAUUGGACAUUACACCCAGAUGGCCUGGGGAACGAGCCAUAAACUUGGAUGUGCUGUCGUAGCUUGUCCUAAAUUCACAUAUGCCGUCUGUCAAUAUGGACCAGCUGGCAACUACCUUGGUAGGGUCAUUUACUCAAUCGGUGAACCAUGCAGCGGAUGUCCUGGAAAGUGCAGCAAAUCUGAAGGAUUAUAUUUCGGAAAGGUCAAGCUGAGAAGAAAGUCUCGGGAGCGAGAUUACAUUCCAUUUGGAUUUGACAGUAUACUCCAUUUUCUUAUGCACAUCCAAUAUAGCUUGGUCUUGGAAUAUUUGCGGUAUCGAACCCUCCGCAACAAAAAAAAACUGCUAAUUUUGAAGAAGCUGGACUCAGAUGCAAAAACAGGAAUAUUGAUCCGCAUCGAGAUAGUUUUGGGAGUAGCUUGUUUUGGAAAAGCAACUUAUCCGUGA